AUGCCAAAGUCAGAACCGCGGGCGGGCAUCCGCGCAAGCACCCGGAAGACCGACAGUCGCAGUACCGCUUCUGACCCACGAUCUAUCCAAAGUCCGGAGCCCGUAAUGCGUUCUUCCCAGCAGCCUCUGCGAUCCCAUCGACACCCAUCCACGCUGCCACAGGUAUCUGGUUCUGGUUCUCGAGACCCUCCUUCUGCCCCAUCGCCAGAGAAUCACGAGGCAUGUUUGGCUACCGUCGAAACCCUGGAGCGGGAGAUUGAAGCGUUGCAGAAAGACAAAGAGACCCUGUCGGAGCGCCUUGGAAGCGUCGAAAGUAAGAACCAGGAAUUGUUGAACGAACAGCAUCGGUGGAGACAACAGCUGUCUGAACGGCGCGCGACUCAACAGCUGGUGCACGAAAUCCAGCAUACCGUUGCAGGUUGGCACCAGCGGCUUCGCAGCCCGGCUGAUUUACCAGGAAAGGAGGAUCCUGCCGCCAUGACGGCUGCUCUGCCGGCAAUGACGACGAUGCCAGAUAUAUGGACAACUCAAGGGGACGGAGGGGGUGUAUGUGACAACGAUCAUGACAUUGCACCCGGCUCCGGUGACUUUACGCAGCUUCUUCAAUUCUAG